GCAGGAGAGGCCGGUGCGGGCGGUAGGCGGCGGCGGCGGCGGCGGCGGCGGCAGCUCGGUGGCGGCUCGGGCGGCGAGGAUGCUGCCGGGGAGGCUGUGCUUGGUGCCGCUCCUGCUGGCGCUGGGCGUGGGGAGCGGCGGCGGCAGUGGCGACGGCGGGGACAGCCGGCGGCGCCGCCUCCUCGCGGCGAAAGUAAACAAACACAAGCCGUGGAUCGAGACAUCCUACCAUGGAGUCAUAACUGAGAACAAUGACACAGUCAUUUUGGACCCUCCACUGGUAGCCCUGGAUAAAGAUGCACCAGUGCCUUUUGCAGGGGAAAUCUGUGCAUUCAAGAUCCAUGGGCAGGAGCUGCCCUUUGAGGCUGUGGUGCUGAAUAAGACAUCUGGAGAGGGCCGGCUCCGUGCCAAGAGUCCCAUCGACUGUGAGCUGCAGAAGGAGUACACAUUCAUCAUCCAGGCCUAUGACUGUGGUGUGGGACCCCAGGAGGCAGCCUGGAAGAAGUCACACAAGGCUGUGGUCCACAUCCAGGUGAAGGACGUCAAUGAGUUUGCUCCCACCUUCAAAGAGCCAGCCUACAAGGCCAUCGUCACCGAGGGCAAGAUCUACGACAGCAUCCUGCAGGUAGAAGCCAUUGAUGAGGACUGCUCCCCCCAGUACAGCCAGAUUUGCAACUAUGAAAUUGUCACAACAGAUGUGCCUUUUGCCAUUGACAGAAAUGGCAACAUCAGGAACACGGAGAAGCUGAACUUUGACAAGCAACAUCAGUAUGAGAUCCUGGUGACCGCUUAUGACUGUGGACAGAAGCCUGCUGCUCAGGACACCCUGGUCCAAGUGGAUGUGAAGCCAGUGUGCAAGCCUGGCUGGCAAGACUGGACCAAAAGGAUUGAGUACCAGCCUGGCUCGGGGAGCAUGCCCUUGUUCCCCAGUAUCCACCUGGAGACGUGCGAUGGCGCUGUGUCCUCCCUCCAGGUCACCGCCGAGCUGCAGACUAAUUACAUCGGCAAGGGCUGUGACCGGGAGACCUACUCUGAGAAAUCCCUUCAGAAAUUAUGUGUAUUCAGUGUUGGUGCUGCGUGGUCAGUUCGUAGGACCACAGCAUCCUCAAAUGCUCAUCAGUUGGACCACUGGCACGAGGGUACCGAGGCCAUACUCCGACUGCCAAUCUAUGAGAGUAUGGUCCUUGGAGACCACGUGCCCGCGAGUCACUGCACACUCCGCAUGGCUGAGUACGUUGCGCGUCUGAAACUCAGGUGGUGGACUGUAGUGGUUGGGAAUAUAGCGCUAAGCCAGACCGAGAGAGCACGGUCAGUAGAGUGCGCGGAUGCACUACUUGAGCUCAACUUGAGCCAAGUCCUAGGUCUAAGAAGGAAUAAGAGGGCACACAGGAACUACGCGAAGAGCUCUCGUCACAGGCUAAAUACACUUCAGCAUGCGUCUAUCAAUCACCACCAGCGGGCAACUCGUACGAUAUCGAUAAUGUUCACCCCUCUUGCCCACCUCCAAAUCCUGCAGCGAACAUCAUCCAACAUGGUGACUGCAGGCUCCUCAGCCCUAGAUCCCGGGACUGAGUUACUUCUCGGCGGGCUGCGCGAACGGAUCCUGAUGGGACUAUGUGGAGCCACACACAAAGGCAUGACCGGUGGAGCGGACCAGCUCACCAAUCACGGUAUCGGUGCGGCUCCCCGGGACCAUCGCCCACCCCAGCGCCAUGAGGACGGCCGAGGGCGCCUCUCGCGUGUCCGUGCCGCAGCUGCCUGCACGAGAGGGAACCGCAUGCUCGCUGCUAACGUCGGCGGCUCAAACACUCGCCGUCGGUCCGUCGCCAACAACCGUGCCGUGGACUCCAGUCACUCAAGCGCGCGCAGCCCGGCUGCCGGCAUUAUGUGCGAGCUGCUCGGAGGCGUGUUUGAUAACAGAGGCACCGAUAUAGUCGUGGGCAACGCAGCGGCGUCACGCCAGAGAGUGCAGUGGCAAAGAAAAGGAGGUCGCAGGAGAAUCAGAGAGAACGGCCACGACUCUACUUGGAUCUUCUAUCUUGGAUCGUCCAACUGUGGGGGCUCUCGCUCUCACAGAUUCCCAGUCUAUCGCGAUUCUACGCUCACGGCCGCCCGUACGUACUCACGGUCACGCGCCGUGCGCCAGCGGCUUGAGCUCGAUGGGCUCACACCGAGCCCGUGCCUGGGCACAAGGGAGCAGCUUGGGGAGAGGGAUACCGCACCCGACGUGCGGCCCAUUCACGGUGUACAGAUGGGUGAGUUGGAGAACAGUGCUGGGCACCGCGAGACGGUGGUGGUCUGGGUCGCCGACGGCGUGACUCUAAGGUUUGUGCACAACCUUACAACACAAUUUGUACUGCACACUCGUCGCACUCCACGGAUAUGCGAGCAUUCGCUCACGAGCAAAGUUUGGGGAGCUCAGUCGCUCGAGCAUGCUGAUGAGAUGGCCACGACGUCUCUGCGAGGAUACGUGGAGCGCAGGAGGCGGGCUGCUGGGCCCCGAGUGGCGGGCGGGGAGUAUAAAUACCAGCCGUUCCCGUUAAAUCAGUGGUUUUAUAAACGGUCGCGGCAGGCACAGGAAGGUAACUGGCGGCUCAGCCGGGGUGGGGAGGCGGACUCCAGUGUCCUGGGUGGACGGCGGCAGGGAGGCCGAGGGGAGGAGUCGAAUUGCGGGGGCGGAGGGCGGGGCCGGGCCGCAGCUUCCCCGCGCCGGGCCGUGUCGCCUCCGUCGCCCUCGGCGGUUGGGGGGUCUGUGGGGCGGUGGCGCGGUGGAGAGGGCAGGGAGGGGAGCUGGGUGCGCAAGCGCGGGGGCGGCGCAAGCGGCGGACCUUGUGAUUGUAUGAGCGUCUCCGUUAGCUGUUUAUAUCAGAACCGACGGGCGGAGGUGCCACGUUGUACACGGGUGAAGGCUUGGUCGAGAUCCCGUGCGCACUGGUACAUGAAGCUCAUUCUCGUCUGCCGUCACGGGGUCGUGCUCCCACUACGAGACACAGCUCCUCUGCAGUGGCUGGUGUUCGCUCACAGGCUGCCGUGUGGAGCGGGCAUCGACAGUAUGUGCAUCCCUCCGUCUGGUGCUUCUUCUUUACUCCAAACGCUUCCGCACACGGACCCCAGGUACGUGCGCCGCACCUCGCCGCGCCCCGACUCCUCGUCGGAGAUUCACACCCACAGCGAGCAGUCUACUCUUUGGGUAGAAGCAGACAGAGAUUCUCUCAUGCCCCGACCCCAUUUCUGCCUUUCAGAAAUGAACCGACAUCACUACGCCCUGUAUGUUCACAACUGCCGCCUCGUCUUCCUCCUGCGGAAGGACUUCGACCAGGCAGACACCUUCCGUCCUGCAGAGUUUCACUGGAAGCUGGACCAGAUUUGUGACAAAGAGUGGCAUUACUAUGUCAUCAAUGUGGAGUUUCCUGUGGUCACCCUAUACAUGGAUGGAGCAACAUAUGAACCAUAUCUGGUGACCAAUGAUUGGCCCAUUCAUCCAUCUCAUAUAGCCAUGCAACUUACUGUCGGCGCCUGUUGGCAAGGAGGCGAAGUGGCCAAACCACGGUUUGCACAGUUUUUCCAUGGCAGCCUCGCCAGUCUCACGAUCCGUCCUGGCAAAAUGGAAAGCCAGAAGGUGAUUUCUUGCCUGCAAGCCUGCAAAGAAGGGCUGGAUAUUAAUUCCCUGGAAAGCCUCGGGCAAGGAAUAAAGUAUCACUUCAACCCUUCGCAGUCUGUUCUCGUGAUGGAAGGUGAUGACAUUGGGAACAUCAACCGAGCCCUCCAGAAGGUCUCCUACAUCAACUCCAGGCAGUUCCCAACAGCGGGUGUCCGGCGCCUCAGACUCUCUUCCAAAGUUCAGUGCUUUGGGGAAGAUGUGUGCAUCAGCAUCCCAGAUGUGGAUGCCUACAUCAUGGUCCUGCAGGCCAUCGAGCCCCAGAUCACCCUCCAGGGAACAGAGCGCUUCUGGAGACCUGCUGCCCAGUUUGAAAGUGCCAGGGGAGUGCCUCUCUUCCCUGACAUCAAGAUCGUGAGCACCUUUGCCAAAACUGAGACCUCUGGGGACACGAGAACCACAGGUACAGCCCCCAAAUCGGCAGUCUUGGAAGAAAUGCUGCACAACUUGGAUUUCUGUGACAUUUUGGUGCUUGGAGGGGACUUGGAUCCAAGACAAGAGUGCUUGGAGCUCAACCACAGUGAGCUCCACCAGCGACACUUGGAUGCCACUAAUUCUACGGCUGGCUACUCCAUCUAUGGUGUGGGAUCCAUGAGCCGCUAUGAGCAGGUGCUGCACCACCUCCGUUACCGCAACUGGCACCCCGGUUCCCUUGAGACCCGGAGGUUCCGCAUCAAGUGUUCAGAACUCAAUGGGCGUUACACUAGCAAUGAGUUCAACUUGGAGGUCAGUGUCCUCCAUGAAGUCAAAGUCUCUGAGAAGGAACAUGUCAACCACCUCAUUGUACAGCCACCCUUCCUCCAGUCUGUCCACCACCCUGAGUCCCGGAGCAGUAUCCAGCGCAGUUCAGUGGUCCCGAGCAUCGCUACAGUGGUCAUCAUUAUCUCCGUAUGCAUGCUAGUGUUUGUUGUGGCCAUGGGUGUGUACCGAGUCCGAAUUGCCCACCAGCAUUUUCUCCAAGAGACUGAGGCUUCCAAAGAGACCGAGAUGGACUGGGAUGACUCUGCACUAACUAUCACAGUCAACCCUAUGGAGAAACAUGAAGGACCAGGGCAUGGGGAAGAUGAGACUGAAGGAGAGGAAGAAGAGGAAGCAGAGGAAGGCAUGAGCUCCAGCAGCAGUGGCUCUGACGAGAGCGAAGAGGAAGAGGAGGAAGGCACGGGCAGAGGCAGACAUGGGCAGAGUGGCACGAGCUCUCAAAGCCCUGGAAGAGGUACCUGGAACACAGCAGGAGUCGUAAACAUUUGGAAGUGAAGUACCUAGCUUGUCCCUACUGGUGAAGACUCAGUGUAUCACUAACCUCCAUAUUGACUGAGCCAUAUAGAAGCAGGUUGAGCACACACUUCUCCUAGCUUAGAGAAGCCUUUGUGAAUUCCCACAGUCCAUGCAGUAGCCAGACAGCUGCAGACACUGGGUCUGGUUCUCCAGCAGUGAACAGUGGCAACGUGGCACACAGUGGCUUGAACACAUUUUGAACCUAUCUGAACAACACCCACAACAUUACCUGGUAGAGUCUGCCCACCCUACCAUUGCCUCUGCCUUUCCCUAAGUACCUGAUAGAUACUGUUGAGUCUGUCAUCCUCAGUCAUGAUGCUGGGACUAAAUAUAAAGGUUCUGGGUUCAGCCAAUCUCAGGCCCUUCCCUCCCCAUCUCUGGAGAUGAUGUCACCAUUUAAAAACCUUGUGUGAGAAGCCUGUAUGUUUCCAGCUCCUCAACCUCAGUGUGUGGGAAAGGCCUAAGAUAAACAAGCUGUUUGCUCUACUGGAGCCUCUCUGGGCUCCACCCUGCAGAGAGAAAAAGCAGCCUCAUUAUAUGGAACCCCCUUCUACCUGCUCCUUACUGGGCAGUGGCCAUUAGGUCCGAGCAGCUGGAGUGUCUUUACCUGGAGCCAGCUUCACCUGGGGAUUGUCCAGCGUGUCCUUGGCAUAUGUGUUCUGAGCCUCUUGAGCUGCUUCCAAGAAUGAAUCUCUUAGUCUACAAAUGUAUUUAUUUGGUAACUAUGCUACUGUGUGUGUAUGAGUCUGAUCCAAUGCAAACCUUGAAAUGUCUUAUUAGGAGGACGUAUGAAUUUAUAGAAAAUUGAAUCUAACUUCAGAACAGUGCAUUAUGUUGUCGGUCAAUAAUGCUGCUCAGUCAGUCACAGGAGACCAGAGAAAAACCUUACCCUCCACCCCUCUCCUUGGCACCCUCUCCCUGCCUAAUUGCCCUACUAGAUUCUAACUGAUGCAGAGUGAAGGAGGCCAAGAGUGUACGUGUACAUAAAGAUUUCAUAGGAAAAGAACCUCUUGGGGAAUCGGUUGAGUUUCUUCCCAUGACUGUGAUCUUCUCAUGCCUGAAUCCCAAACUUUAAAUUUCUAACAAUUUCGAUUCCUGCAGUUUCUGAGCAAUUUGUUAAAUGCCUAUUCAACACAGACAGAUAUUUAUUUUCAGCCUUGGCUUGUAAAUGCCUACAAACUGAUUCAUGUUGGUGGUCGUGAUGACACUUCUGUGAAUUGGUGAAUAAAUAUGAUUUUAGAAUUUCACAGUAAA